UUCGAAUGACCUUCAUCUUUGUUAUGGAAACUACACUUUUUUCUGUAGAAAGAUGAGUAGACUCAUCGGUCUAUUAGCGAAAAUUCAAAGACCAACUACUACUGCUAAAGUAUUUGCAGUGGGGAUUUGGUGCAACUGAGUUAUGGUAAACAUGACGGGUUUAUUUUAUUGUGUAUCUUGUCUCUAUACCAAUAUAACCAGCCAAUAUCCUUUUUGCAUGCCUUCUGGACCAAAUUUUUUGCUCAUAAUUCUGAAGUCUGUUGAAGUGAUCUUCGAAAUACUUUGCCAGAUUGUUAUGGAUGACCACCAACGCUCGGAUGGAAUUCCAGUUACUCGCUUUACCCUUCAUUCGAUCUACGCACAAAGCGACAAUGAAAAGCUUGAAUUUGAAUAUGAAUCAGGGAACAUGAACUUUUUGGCAAAUGAGUAUGCCUCACAUCCUGAGUUAUCUCGGCAGGUUGAAGUAUUUAUCCGAAAGAUGAAUUCAAUUCCGGCUUUCACAGCCAACCUGACAGUCGAAUCUUUCAAUAAGCGGACCCUCUCUUAAAAUAUAGCAACAAAUAUUAUUGAUUUCCAAACACCCCAAGGUUGUUUCUUUUCUUUCUUCUUCUUUGUCGUGUGUGCGUGUGCGUAUUCUUCAAUUCUAUAAACAUGUAUGAAUGUACUGACUUUUUUAUUUUUCUUUGUUGGUG